AAAAGACAGGGUGGCAGUAGAUAAUCCUCAGUUCUGUCUGACCCAGUUGUUGGUCUGAAAUAACAACUGAACCCGAGGCACACAAACACUGGUGAGAUGUGUCCAUCUGCGGCGCUGUAGUGCUGCCGAGGAUCCGCUGAGCCAGCGGGGAGUCCUGAGGAGGAGGGGGAGGAGCAAGAGUAACCGGACACCGACUGACAGAAUCCCAGGCGUCGACACAGAGUGAGGGUAGCAACGGGGACUGGAGCACAGACUUAGCGAGGAGGAGCAAGAGCAAGAGGAGAAGAAAAAAAAUAGGAGCAGCCUCAGCCUCCUCUUGCCUCCUCUGUCUCUCCAGAGUAUUUUUAUUUUUUUAUCCUCCCGACGAAUAACGGAGUUCGGGUGAAGUUGUCCUUACCGGCCCGGAGCCGGCACCAUGAAGAAGAACAGCGGAGGAAAGCAGAGGGGUCCACAGGACACGGUGUCACAGAACCUGCAGCCUGAUAAAGUUGGCUGGAUCAGGAAGUUCUGUGGGAAGGGAAUCUUCAGAGAGAUCUGGAAGAACCGUGUUGUGGUUCUGCGAGGAGAUCAGCUGUUCAUCUGUGAGAAAGAGGUGAAAGAUCUGGGCCGAGCGGAGGACGUGUUGGAUUUGUGUGACUAUGAACGCUGUGAGGAAGUUCGCAAAAACAAGAGUCGCAGCAAAAAGAGUCACAGCAAGUUCAGACUGCAGCGCUGCAGUUCUCCAGGAAACACGGUUCCUAACCUGCUCUUCCUGGCCGUCAGUCCACAAGAGAAAGAACUAUGGAUCAACGCUCUCAACGUCUCCAUCACCAGGGCAAAGAACCGAAUCCUGGACGAGGUGACAGUUGACGACUCGCAGCUGUUUCAUUUGACUCGAGACCGAGCCAAGAUUCCUCACAACCGACGAUUGCCCACCAGAGGCCACCUGCUGGCUGUGGCCUCCACCUCCUCUUCUGUUGGAACUCUGACUCUGGACCUGAUCCAGGAGGAGGACGUUGUAUCUCGUCAUGAAUUCCCGGUUGAUGUCAGUCCUGAAUCUCCGAGGUCAAAAGCUGACAACACUCUUUUCACCAAAUCCACCAAGAAUUCUGAGAAAUCCCAGAGUCUGCCUCGUGACGUGGUGGUGGCCUGGGAAUUGACACCACCGGAGAAGAACCGCUGCGCCUCCAUGGAAGAGAUUCCCUCUAAUUCCGAGAGGAAAGCCACAAUGAUACCACGCCCCCAGGUACUGAUGCCCCGCCCACAGGUGCCGGCCGUAGAGCAGCUGCAGGAGCUGAUCAGUCAGAAACUGAGGAGGACGCAGGAGCUGCUGGAGGAGGUUCAUGUGGAGCAUCAGCAGAGGGAGGAAAACGAGGAGGAGGAGGAGAAGAAGAAGAAGCUGACUGAAGUGGAGCGGCUCCUGAAGGAGGCGGCCGCCUCCUGGAGUCAGGCUCAGGAGGUCCUGGAGGAGGUAAAGGAGCUGAGGUCACUUUAUAACAAACUGGACUCGUCCAACGCCUCCUCUUCCAUCACUCCUCCGUCCAACAGCAGCAAACUGAAACCAGAAUCCAAGAACCCAGUGGGAUGAGGAGGUGGGGCCCAGUUUGACCUGGGUCAGGGGUCGGUCCAAAAUUCAGAAGGAACCACUUUUUUAUUUAUUUGUUAAAGUUGGUGUUAAGAAGCCAACAGAGGAAGAGACAAAGCCCAGAGACCCUCGUGACUUUGGAGGGUUUUUAAAGAUGGUAUCAACCACUGGUUCUGGGUCCAGUCUGUUGACCAUGAACAAGAAAAUAUAUUUUUAAGCUUUUAAACAAGCAGCUGUUUAAGCCUUUGGACUUUUGUUUAAGGCCAAGUCUCUUUUGUUUUUUUACUGAAAUUUUUGUCUUGUGGGACAGUACAAGCCGUCCAAUCACAGGUGUCCUACUGUUCACAGGUUCAGGACAGACCUGAAACUAGUGACAGAACAGAAAGAUCUUUACUGGUGUUAAACCAGAGACUGGAUUUGACCACAGAUGAACAUCCACACCAGCAGAGGGAGUGUGACAUCAAUGUAGCAUCAUUUUAUUAUUGUGAGGAGUUUCUUAGAGUACCACAAGAUCAGUGUCCGUAAUCUUUGUGGAACCAAAGAGUACCUGAACUUCCUGUCGGCUCCAUCAGUCCUGAGUCUUCUUGUUCCUAGACAACAGUUCUAUAAAAGUUUUUUAGUUUUAGGCGAAAUGCAGUACAGACAGAUUUUCCACCAAUCAGGAACCUGUGUGUGCUGCAAGUACCGGUACUUCCCAUUAAUCCUACCUCUGACGUCCUACUUCUUUCAGUUCCUGGUCCCUGACACAGACUCUGUGUCUGUUGUGUCUAGUACUGGCUGUAGUCACUGCUACAGUUUAAACCCAGAUAAACCCCUGGUACUGUCUUUAUCCCAGUUUAUGUUCCUUUAGUUAAAGCAAACACACACACUCGAAAAUCCUGGGAUUAUGUCUGGAUUAUGGUACUAGCUGCUGUAUUAGAAAUGCACACAGCGACUUGUACUUUCUACUGUAUCUUUGAAAGAAGUUUACACAGUUCUUGGUUUUUAUAUAUCGGUACUAGUUCCUGGUCAUAGAGGCCCAUGGUCCUGGUACUAUCUGUUGUUACUAUGAUAGUUGUGCACAGUAACUGGUACUUCAUCAAGUUGUUAGAGGAAGUUUCUGUGAUGUCACAGACAACAGUCCUUUCACCUGGUCAAUAAUGGAACCACAGUCUGUUCCUGUUACCGAUCAAUAGAACUGGUGGAAUCGGUCCUGUUUUAAAUUUGACUUUUUUUGUAACAGGCUGCUCAUUUCACUGGACUGUCUUUUUUUUUUUUUUAAUUUUAGUCUCACACAGUUCCGGGUGUCACAGCUAGAAUUCAUGAUGAAAUGUUUUUGUCUCCCAUCAACAAUCAAUCAUCAAUAAACUUCAGUUGGACUUUUCGGUGAAAAAAAAAAGUUUUAUAAUUAGAAGUGUUGUCUGAUGGAACUGUUUGUCCUGUGACAGAAAUGAAAACGACAGCAUCGUCACUCACACACACACACACACACACACAAAACUGACUGUGCAGACACUGGAGCUCGGCCCCUGCAUGUCCAUAUAAGGACAACAUGUGUUUGUGUCUUAGAUUGAAUGACAGCAGCUGAUGAGUUGUGUGUCUUACACUCACACACACACACGUUGACACACACUGCUAAAAACUUUGUCUCAGGAAUAUUUGAACAAAAAUAACAAACAAUUCUCUGAAAAACAGAUUACUUUAUCUACUUCUACUUAGCUUCGUUUGCUACAUUUGCGGCUAACUUUUAGCUACUUUUAAUGAUGGUAAACAACUGUGGUUGAUUUCUUUCACUGUCACAAUCAUAGUAACACCAUCACUGACAGAGUCACUGACUGAAGGAAUGAAUCAUUGGUCCAUUUACAGAACAGUUUAUUGAGCUGUUCUUUCAACAAACGCGCCCCCUGCAGGACAGUUUAGUCUUUGAUAGGAUCAGUUUUGAUCCUCACUUAGAUAAACAUUUACAACAAACACACCAAUAGU